AUGGCACCUUCUGAUCUAGAAUAUCUACUGUUGCAAGGGCAAAAACUUUGCAAGGAUACUGAUACAUUUAAGCCAGUAUCAAAAAUACAUAAAUCAUUACGUCAGCUAUGCCGAAAUGCUGACCAUGCUCCUAAACAAUCAAAUAGAGGGAGUGAUGAACAAUGUGCCAAAGAAUUUCUAGCCAAUCGUGGACUAGAUCUUUCUGGCUAUUCUAAUGUGCUUAAAAAAUUAGGUACAUACCGUGACAAUGCUACCACACCAUGUGAUUCUAAACCAGUGAUGGACUAUUCAAGUAGUGUAGAGUCCUUAAUGGGGAGACACAUUGAAGACUACAUCAAUAAAUUAGAAGCGAAUGAUAACAAAGAUGAUGAUAAUUAUUUACAAGAUCUUCCAAUGAGUUGGAAAAACAUUAAAAAAGGUAUUGUUUACAAUGAGUUUGCAUCAGAUUCAUAUGAUGUAUCAUUUUGUCUUCAGAACUUAUUAACUACCAAAAAUACAUAUUUUACAUUUGAUCCCAGCCUAAAUAGUCCAAAUGAGUCAGUUGGUAAUUUUCCUUUUGUUGAUGAUGUCCAAAACUACAUCAAGGAAAUAGAAUAUGGUAAUAUGAACAAAGAACUGAUUGAAUAUUUUUUGGAAACCAUACAUAAGAGUAAAGCUAAUAACGCAACAGUAGCACAUAUUUGGAAUGUAGUUAAGUACAUGUACAAUAUAAUUCCACAAAAAUCACCAUAUGGAUCAUUUAAUGAACGUUUUUCGGAAGAAAAUCAAACAAAACUAGUUAAAAAUGCUAAGAGCUAUUUAGAAGAUAAAUACCAAGCUUUUCUUGUAAAAGAGACCAGACAUUUGAAUAUUGCUAAUGAUGGAAAUUACAUGGCGGCUAUUAUAAGCUCUUAUGUAUUUAUGAACACAGGCAGACCGGCAACACAACAAAAUGAUUUUCAUGUAGACGAACAAUCAAUUUGGCCAUUGCUCUACUUCAGUUUAAGAUGUGGAAGAAUGGAUGUUGCUAGUUAUUUCAUUCAAAAAUCUGGUUUAGCAUUAGAUGAUCUACUAAAUGUUUUUGUUCACCUGAAAGAAGCUAAUUUUGCAGAAUGCAAUGCUUCCAAUAUUGGCGUCACAUUAAACAAAUAUUACAGAACUCUUCCAGCGUAUGAUAAUGCAUUCAGGAAAACAAUAUUCUCAUUGUUGGGUAUGGUAGAAGCCAAUAUGGAAAAAAAAGCUGUCUCUAAAACAAUUGAAGACAAGCUAUGGAUGUUACUAGUUGAACAUUUUGCGAGCAAGUACAUGGAAGAUUCAAACGGAUUAGAUUACUGCUCAUUACAAAGAUAUAUUUUGGACAAUGGUAAACCUUACAUGGAACAGCCUCAUGUAUACUUUGAGCUAUUGUUUCUGAUUGGACAGUUUGAAACCGCUAUAGAUUUCUUAUACCGCAAUGUCGAGUUUUCCAAUCACGCAGUGCAUAUAGCCAUCGCUUUGAACGAAAAACAUUUAUUAGCCACUCCUGAAUAUUUACAAGCCCCGUUUUUAUCUAAUGAGAAUGUUGAUGUUAAGUUUGUGCGUCUGAAUUAUACCAGAUUGAUUUUAUUAUUUUGUAACGAGUUUAAAUCAACCCAUCCUCAUUAUGCAACGUAUUAUUAUUAUUUUUUAAGAAAUGUAAAAAGUCCGACUCUGACCGAAAACUUGUUUCACAAGUGUGUUGCAGAUCUUGCAACAUCUUUUGAUGGGAACAUGUGUGAUUGGAUGUUUGGGUGUUUAGAUGAUAAUAUGAAAGAAAUUAGUAUUUUGCAUAAUAUCUUCGAUAUGGAAACUGUUACAGCUAUAAUUGAUAAAACACUAGAAUUAACACUGGAGAAAAAUAAACCCGAAGUUUCUUUUAAACUCUAUAGCUUGACAUCAAAUAAGGCAGCAUACGGUGUAAUGAAUAAUAUACUGAGUUUUGCUAUUUACAAUUAUUAUGAUGUUUUUGGUCGUGCUAUGACUGAUGAUAAGUGUAACAUCAUAAAUAAAAACUUUUAUGACCGCAUAUACUCAUAUUUGGAGGAAUUAAACAAUAAUAAAUUCGGUACGCUAGAACCAAUUGGUCCUAUGACAACAUUUCAUGUCUUACGUAAUAUGUAUUUAUUUUUCUAUUAUUCUUCUAAACACGAAUUUCUAUCAGCCAUUGAGAAGGCCAGUGAUACAGGUCUAGUACCGUUGACUAGUGAAGAUGCAAAACACUGUUUAAAUAAUUGCACCAAUUAUGGUGAAAUUAUACAGAGAAACAUAAAUAAUUUUAUAAAGUCAUUAGUUAGUGUGUUGUGUAAGGAAUAUUCUAAAAUUUUAAAAAAGCAAAAUAUCUCUAUGGAAGAAGAUUCUUUAAUUGAAGAAGAAGACAGUGAUGUUUUUGAUCAAAGCAAAGAAAUUGGAUGGACAAAAUGGAAACUUCAGAAAACCAUUAGAGUUAUAUAUUUAUUCACUGCAAAAUUACCGGUACAUAUUGCUCUUGAUGCGGUUGAAUAUAUUUCAAAUAAUGCAUCAAACAUUACGCAACUCGACUAA